CUCCCUGCUACUGGUGGAAAAUGGCGGCUCGGUGUGGCUUUCGGCACAAAUAGUAAAAGGCAAGGGGUGAAAAUCAUCAUCUGAGAAACUUAAACAAGAAAGUUGUUCUAACAACUAAAAAAGUUUCUGUAGUUUGAGAAAAUGUCUCGCUGGGUUCCUACGAAAAAGGAAAAAUACGGCGUGGCAAUCUAUAAUUAUGACGCCAGAGGAGGAGAAGAGCUGUCUUUACAAAUUGGAGACACAGUACAUAUAUUGGAAACUUAUGAAGGCUGGUACAGAGGAUACAGACUAAGAAGAAAGUCAACAAAGGGUAUAUUUCCUGCAUGCUACAUACACCUUAAAGAUGCUACAGUUGAAGGCAAUGGGCAAAAAGAAACGGUCAUCCCUAACGAGCUGCCUUUAGUUCAGGAAGUGACCACUACUCUGAGGGAAUGGGCUUCCAUAUGGAGAGAGUUGUAUGUGGGAGACAAAAGAGAGAUGUUCAACACUGUCCGAGACAUGAUAUACGAUCUCAUAGAGUGGCGAUCACAGAUACUGUCUGGAACCCUCCCACAGGAUGAACUGACAGAGCUGAAACAGAAAGUCACCUCUAAAAUAGAUUAUGGUAACAAAUACCUGGAUCUGGACCUUGUGGUGAGAGAUAAAGAUGGCAACAUUCUAGAUCCAGAUCAGACAAGCACCAUCAGCCUGUUCAGAGCUCACGAAGCUGCUUCCAAACAGAUUGAACAGAGAAUCCAGGAAGAAAAGUCCCAGAAGCAAAAUAUUGAUUUAAACAGACAAGCCAAAUUUGCCUCAACUCCUUCCUUUGCCCUGUUUGUUACCCUGAAGAAUGUGGUGUGCAAGAUUGGUGAGGAUGCUGAAGUUCUUAUGUCCUUAUAUGACCCUGUGGAGUUCAGGUUCAUCAGUGAAAACUAUCUAGUGAGAUGGUCAAGCUCAGGAUUAGUAAAAGAUAUUGAUCAGCUCCACAACCUGCGGUCUGUUUUCACAGAUCUCGGAAGCAAGGACCUGAAGAGAGAGAGAAUCAGCUUUGUUUGUCAGAUAGUUAGGGUAGGACGCAUGGAGCUGCGAGACAAUAAUACCAAAAAACUGACCUCUGGUCUCCGCAGGCCUUUUGGAGUAGCAGUAAUGGAUGUCACUGACAUAAUAACUGGCAAAGUGGAUGAUGAGGACAAGCAGCACUUCAUUCCUUUCCAGCCGCUAGCAUUGGAUGACGCCAUUCGACACAAGCAGCUGAACAUAUCAUCCCGUUUUUCACCCAGGGUGGCGGGAGAGAACGACUUCCUUCAGACAGUCAUCAACAAAGUGAUCGCUGCCAAAGAAGUAAAUCACAAGGGCCAAGGUCUGUGGGUGACAUUGAAACUGCUUCCUGGAGAUAUACAUCAGAUCCGUAAAGACUUCCCGCAUCUCGUUGAUCGAUCUACGGCUGUGGCACGAAAAAUGGGAUUUCCUGAGAUUAUAAUGCCUGGUGAUGUUAGGAAUGACAUCUAUGUAACACUGGCCCAGGGGGAUUUUGAUAAAGGAAGCAAGACGACACCUAAAAAUGUAGAAGUAACCAUGUCAGUAUAUGACGAAGAUGGCAAGAGACUGGAGAAUGUAAUUUUUCCUGGAGCUGGGGAUGAUGGGAUCUCUGAGUACAAGUCGGUGAUAUACUAUCAGGUCAAACAGCCCCGUUGGUUCGAAACUGUAAAGGUUGCUAUUCCUAUUGAGGACGUGAAUCGCAGCCACUUGCGCUUUACUUUUCGGCACCGAUCAUCCCAAGAUUCCAAAGACAAAUCGGAGAAGAUAUUUGCUUUGUCGUUUGUAAAGCUGAUGAGGUAUGAUGGAACGACGCUACGAGAUGGGGAGCACGAUCUCAUAGUGUACAAGGCAGAAGCAAAGAAAUUGGAAGACUCGUCAGUGUACUUAAACCUCCCUGCCACCAAGUUAGAACUGGAAGAGAAAGGCUAUUCAGCUACAGGAAAGAGUCUUCAGGGCCUGGGAAGCUGCACAAUAAGCAAGGACUCUUUUCAAAUCUCUACCCUGGUCUGCUCCACCAAGCUUACUCAGAAUGUGGACCUCCUGGGGCUGCUGAAAUGGCGCUCCAACACAAGCUUGCUGCAGCAGAACCUGAGACAGCUGAUGAAGGUGGAUGGGGGAGAAGUUGUGAAGUUCCUGCAGGACACGCUGGAUGCACUCUUCAAUAUCAUGAUGGAGAAUUCCGAUAUCGACACUUACGACACACUUGUUUUUGAUGCUUUGGUAUUCAUAAUUGGGCUCAUUGCUGACAGAAAAUUCCAGCACUUCAACCCUGUCCUUGAAACCUACAUUCGAAAGCAUUUUAGUGCAACUCUAGCUUACACUAAACUCACCACGGUGCUGAAGGACUAUGUCGACAAAGCUGAGAAGAGUACAGAGCAGCUCUUCAAGGCGAUGAAGGCGCUUGAAUACAUUUUCAAGUUCAUUGUUCGCUCAAGAGUGCUUUUCAACCAGCUUUAUGAGAAUAAAGGAGAAACAGACUUCAUGGAGUCCUUGAGGAGUCUCUUUACAUCCUUCAACGACAUGAUGAGCAGCAACUCGGAAAACACAGUGAUGGUGAAGGGUGCUGCACUGAAAUAUGUUCCAACAAUUGUCAAUGACGUCAAACUGGUUUUUGAUCCAAAAGAACUAAGCAAACUCUUCACAGAGUUCAUCCUGAAAGUUCCUCCAGGACGCUUGGUGAAACAGAAGCUCUACUGUAUGAUUGACAUUGUUCACAGUGACCUCUUCACACAGCAUGACUGUCGAGAAAUUCUGCUGCCUCUAAUGACAGACCAGCUGAAGUUUCACCUGGAGAAGCAGGAAGAGCUGGAGGCCUGCUGCCAGUUGCUCAGUUACAUCCUGGAAGUUCUCUACAGGAAGAAUGUGGGUCCCACACAGUGGCAUGUCCAGAUCAUUAUGGAGAAGUUAUUGAGGACCGUAAACAGAACAGUCAUCUCCAUGGGGCGAGACUCAGAGCUUAUUGGUAGCUUCGUUGCCAGCAUGACAGCCACCUUAAGACAAAUGGAAGAGUAUCAUUACGCUCAUUUGAUCAGCACCUUCGGCAAGAUGAGGACUGAUGUUGUGGAUUUUCUGAUGGAAACAUUUAUCAUGUUCAAGGAUCUCAUUGGAAAGAAUGUCUACCCUGCCGACUGGGUUAUAAUGAACAUGAUGCAGAAUAAAGUUUUCUUGCGAGCAAUUAAUCAGUAUGCUGCAGUGCUAAACAAGAAGUUCCUCGAUCAAGCCAACUUUGAACUUCAACUUUGGAACAACUACUUUCACCUGGCAGUUGCUUUUCUCACCCAAGAAUCUCUCCAGCUUGAAAAUUUCUCCAGUGAUAAACGAGCCAAAAUAUUUCAUAAAUAUCAAGAUAUGAGGCGGCAAAUUGGGUUUGAGAUCAGAGACAUGUGGUAUAAUCUUGGUCCACACAAGAUUAAGUUUAUCCCUGAGAUGGUCGGUCCCAUACUGGAAAUGACUCUGGUUCCUGAGAUUGAGCUACGCAAGGCCACCAUCCCCAUCUUCUUCGACAUGAUGCAGUGCGAGUUCCAUUUCACCCGGAGCUUUCAGCGGUUUGAAAACGAGAUCAUCACCAAGCUGGAUCACGAAGUGGAAGGAGGCAGAGGGGACGAACAAUACAAAGUUCUUUUCCAGAAAAUCCUCCUGGAGCACUGCCGGAAACACAAGUAUCUCGCCAAGAGCGGAGAAAAUUUCGUCACGCUGGUCGUCAGGCUCCUGGAAAGGCUGCUGGACUACAGAACUAUUAUGCAUGAUGAGAACAAAGAGAACCGUAUGAGUUGCACUGUCAAUGUGCUGAACUUCUACAAGGAAAUAGAGAGGGAGGAAAUGUAUAUAAGGUAUCUUUACAAGCUCUGCGACCUUCACAAAGAGUGUGAUAACUACACAGAAGCAGCCUACACAUUGCUACUUCAUGCCAAGCUUCUGAAGUGGUCUGAGGAAGCUUGUGCCGCUCAUCUUACUCAGCGGGAUGGCUACCAGGCAGCAACUCAAGGACAACUGAAGGAUCAACUCUACCAAGAAAUUAUCAAUUACUUUGACAAGGGCAAGAUGUGGGAAGAGGCCAUAAUUUUGGGGAAAGAACUUGCAGAGCAAUAUGAAAAUGAAAUGUUUGACUACGAGCAGCUAAGUGCAUUAUUGAGAAAACAGGCACAGUUCUAUGAGAGCAUUGUGAAAGUUAUCAGACCCAAGCCUGAUUACUUUGCUGUUGGAUACUAUGGACAAGGAUUUCCUUCCUUCCUGCGGAACAAAAUGUUCAUUUACCGUGGAAAGGAGUAUGAGCGAAGGGAAGACUUUGAGGCAAGACUGUUAACCCAGUUCCCUAACGCAGACAAAAUGAAGACGACAACUCCACCAAACGAAGACAUUAAAAAUUCCCCCGGACAGUACAUCCAGUGUUUCACAGUCAAGCCAAUAUUGGAGCUUCCCCCUAAGUUUCAGAACAAACCAGUAUCAGAGCAAAUCCUGAGUUUCUACACUGUAAAUGAAGUCCAUAAAUUCCAGUAUUCCAGACCAGUGAGAAAGGGAGAGAAGGAUCCAGACAAUGAAUUUGCUAAUAUGUGGAUUGAAAGAACCACUUAUGUAACUGCAUACAAGCUUCCAGGAAUUCUGAGAUGGUUUGAAGUCAGAUCUGUCUCAAUGGUUGAAAUAAGUCCACUGGAAAAUGCAAUAGAGACAAUGCAGCUGACCAAUGAAAAGAUCAAUAACAUGGUACAGAGGCAUUUGAAUGAUCCCAACCUUCCCAUUAAUCCCCUCUCCAUGCUGCUUAAUGGAAUUGUGGAUCCAGCAGUAAUGGGCGGGUUUGCCAAUUAUGAAAAGGCUUUCUUUACAGAGAAGUACACACAAGAACACCCAGAGGAUCAGGACAAGAUUGAAAAGCUGAAGGACCUCAUCGCCUGGCAGAUCCCAAACCUUGCCGAUGGAGUGCGAAUUCAUGGAGAAAAGGUGACAGAAGCUCUGAGGCCCUUCCAUGAGCGACUGGAGGCUUGUUUUAAGCAGCUGAAAGAGAAAGUGGAAAAGCAGUAUGGGGUCAGGAUACUGCAGCCAGCGAGCAAUGAGAGGCGGGGGAGUCGGCCCCGCUCCAUGGUCAGGUCCUUCACCAUGCCUUCCUCCCAGAGACCCCUCUCCGUGGCAUCGGUGACCUCCGUGUCUUCCGACAACUCGCCUUCCAGGCCAGGCUCAGAUGGAUUCACAUUAGAGCCUCUUUUGCCAAAGAAACUCCAUUCAAAGUCCCAGGAUAAACUAGACAGAGAAGAGCCUGACAAGGAGAAGAAGGAGAAGAAGAAGGAGAAGAGGAACAGUAAACACCAGGAGCUGUUUGACAAGGAAUUUAAAGCUGCAGAUAUCCCACAGCAGCCUACAGAGGCUGUCAUUCUGUCUGAAACGAUCAGUCCGCUCAGACCUCAGAGACCAAAGAGUCAGGUGAUCAAUGCGAUAACUGGGGACCGACGCUUCUCUGUUUCUCCGGGGUCCUCUUCCUCCUCCUCUGUCCCCCCUCCUAUCACCCCCCGGGCCAAGCUGUCCUUCAGCAUGCUGACAGGUUCCAGUAUCGAGCUAAAUGGCAUGGGCUACCCUGAGAAAGGAGAAACCCCUCCUCCUCUGCCGCUGAAAGGCAGCACAGCAGAUUAUGGAAAUCUGGUGGAUAAUCAAGACUUGACAAGUCCGACUACUCCUCCACCUCCUCCACCACAUCAAAGGCAUCUUCCUCCUCCACUACCCAGCAAGACCCCUCCUCCUCCUCCACCUAAGACAACGAGGAAACAAACAUCAAUUGACUCGGGAACUGUACAGUGAACAAGCACAGAAAAAGAUUAAGAUUCCCCAAAGACUGAGCUGUAAUAUAUCCUUCUGCUGUUUUUUUUUUCCUUCACAGCUUGAAAAAUGAAUACCUCAUUCAGGCCUUUACAGAUUUUUUUUUUCCUUUAGUGUGAUGAUGCUGUCAGUCAUAGGGAAUUUCUCCUGUUGCACAGAUUAUUAAUCAAGUCUUCAACUGCUGAGUUGUUGAUACUAAUGCAUACUAAAUGAGUUAUUGUUUUGCUUUUUCACUCUGAUAAAAAAUGAAUGUUACAGGUUUUUAUCAUAUCUGUAUGAGGGGAGGGGAUUUGGAUUUGACUGAAUUAUAAGUGAACAUUGGAUUUUGCAGAAGCUACUACUUAGCCCAAAUAAUGUAAUGUACAGAGGUUUGUAUAUAUGAUUUUAAGCCUUUUUAACACAUUUUCUGAUACCCCUUUUCAGAAUAACACUGCAUUAGAGACAUAGGCAAAUAAACAGAAAAGGGCUUUUAGAUUUUAAAAUGACAGGGACUGUAAAGUAUCUUUGAGUAUCUUUUAUAUAAACAUUAUUUAAUAGCUUGGAAAUAAUGGGUGUUGGAGUGUAUACAACUAACUUUUUUCAGCUGUUCUUAUUAUCAUUGUAUAUGAUAUGUAAUAGAAAGCUAUAACCUUGGAUUAGAAUAACAUUGACAAUUUCAGAUUCACUACUGACUUUGGAAUAAACUUUUAAAGUGUAUUUUUAAAAUGGUUGUUUGCCUUUUUCCUUUUCAUAGUACAUGUCAAAUUACUGCCAAUAAAUCAUGGAUGGUAUAUUAAUAUAUGAGCAUAAAUGUAUGCUCAUACAGGUAUAUACAGUAAGCGAUGUUAGAUGUACUAUAUAGUAUAUUCUUUCAAAACGAUGAUGAAUGUCUUGCCCUGUGGUAGCUUCUUCAACAACUCAUACAAGAUCUUCACAUUAAGAAACAUAUUAGAAUUAAACUAAACAUGUUUGAUUUUAGUAAAUUGACUAAAAAAACUGCAAACUGUAUGUUAGCUAUAUGGUAAGUUUCUAAAAGGCUUUUAUGUUACAUAUGAUGCGUCAUGUUCCGCAUUAUGUAAUGACUUGUAUUGACACAUUAUAAAUUAAAUAUUUAAUUUACUGCAGGACCAGUAUGUUAAAACCAAGAGCUCUCUCAACCUCAUUUUUUUCAUUUAUGUUUUUGCCUGAGAAAAAACUGCUGCAGCCAUUAAAACAAUUUCCUCUGUC